ACGCGAUCUUGAAAGGUCGCCAUUUGUAUUGUGGGCAAACACGAAGUAUGACGGCGACCACCGAGACGACCGCCGGCCGCAAUCUCGAGGCCGUCGUCGUCGUCGUGCUACUGCUCACGGCGCUGUACUGGUCCCGCCGCUACGUCCUUGGGCGCGGUGCGGCGUGGGUCUUGGGCCUACUCACGGGCCAGCGCGUUCGGAUCCAGCAGAUUUCGCUGCAGCCGCUCACGCUCUGCGGUAUCGAGGUGGCGACGACCGAGGGCGUCCACCUCCAGCUCUCUCGCCUCCAAGUGGAUGUGCAUCUGCGGGCCUUCUUGGCUUCGUUCGGGCAAGGCAAGCUCCUGCGCCUCUUCUUGGACGACCUCAUCCUUUCAGUGACACCGCCUUCGCCCUCUUCGUCGCCGCCGGCCCGCACCAAGCGCCGAAGUGCAAAGUCGACGUCGGCGCUAAUCGGGCUCUUGAAGUUUACCCACAUCCACGUCAAAUCGCUUGCGCUGCGUGGGAUGGUGGAGGAUGGAAAUGACUGCCUCGGCGGCCUCGGCCUCAUACGGGACCUCGACGUGCGCGUCGGCGACGCCACGAGCGCCACCACGUCCGUCGCUCUCGUCAUCUCCCAUGCAGAGCUCAGCGUCGUUGCCAAGCUGCUACAAACGCCGUCACUGGACGCGAUCUCGGAGCGUCCAUCACUGGUCGUUCAAGCCAGCCAGCUCCAAUACACGAUUGAGCUCGACUAUGUACAGCUACUGCCACAGCGCAUCGCGAUGCAAGGCCCGCCCGCCACCGACGCGCGUACGACGGUCGUGCUGCACGCGGCCUUGCUCGCGUACUUGAGCGCCAGGACGCCGCCGCCCACGACGGCCCCACGCAGCGCACGACCUCCGAUUUCGUUGGAGCUCGACAAGAUCGCACUGCAGAUGUCGUUCGUGCACGGCCCCGACGACGCCCCCACCGAGCUCAGCGUGCGCACGCACGUCGACGCCCUUCGCGUCACCAAGCAGAUCGAGCCGUCCGGCGCCGAGCUGUCACUGGAAGCGACGGUUCGCAGUGGCUCUGUACGCCUUGGCGACGUCACCUGUCUGCACUGGACGGUCAUGACGGCCCGAGUGCUGCACCGGUUGACUGACGAGAAGGAAACCAUCGAGAUGACAAGUGACGUGGGCGAGCUGUCGUUGCAGUGGUCGACGCGUCUGCGGAUGCUCGCUGACGCGACCGAGAAGGCCUGUUGCCAGACCAAGUCGUCGUCCUCGCCUCGUCCCAAGAUCCCCCUUGUCCUUGUCUUCACGCUGCGCUGCGGGCACUCGACCUUCGAGGCCGUCGAUGCGGACAAAGCGCUCAAGGUGCAGCUCACGACAGUGCACGCGACUGUUGCGAAAACCGACGACCAGUCGCGCGUGCAGCUUGACGUCGACAACGGAGCGUGGCAACUGGUAGCUCAAAACGAGCUUGUGCACCUUGCGACCACGGCGCUCCAUGCGGUGAUCACGGACGUGGUCGCACCCAAGAAGAGCGUCGUCGUGGCCUUGACGCUGGCGGCGCUCGAGGCAACGCUGCUGGGACGACCUGUAUUUCAGCUCACGCGGUUGCGCGUGGCGUCCACCGAAACUGGCGACGAUGUUCUGCAGAUCCAAGUUGGUCUCGAGUCGACGGCUGUGCACUGGGUCUAUCCACUGCAUGCAGCGCGCUUGGUGGCGGCCACCGACGCGGUCUCGCUUCUGCUCUGGGUCCAGACCAUUGUGACGCCACCCAAAUCCCCCACAUCACACGCGCCGCCGAAGAAGCCGGUGGACCUCGUUCUUGAAAGCCACGAGGUGGGCGUGCACAUGACCGAGGUGCCGCAUAUUGGGGCGUGCGCGAUCCAAAGCACCGAGCUCCACGUCCACGUGAUGGGCGGCAGUAGCACGCGAGUGCAAGUGCAGCAAGUUGUGCUGCGCCACGACACGACCUGUCUGAUCGAGUGCGUCGACCUUCAGCUUGUCGACACCAAGCCGACGGCAGCCAGCGCUGCGAGCCACCUCCAAGUGGACCUCACGUCCGCGUCCGUGGUCCUUGGUGGCGAAUGUCGCCUCCUGGCACUUCUUCUUCAACUCCAAGAACUCAUGGCACCACCGCGGCGCGAUACAGGCCUGCCCCCGCCGCUCCAGCUCAACGUCAACGUCCGCACCGCCCUCGCCACAAUUGUUGAUGCGCAUGAGACGCCUGUGUGCCGACUCGAGGCCAGUCAAUGCCACGUCAAAGCCAUGUUGACACCGUCGUCCAGCACCAGUGUCUCGGACAACCAUGCAGCGCUGGUCCGCGACCUCGACACUGUGCUUUCAUUUGACCUCUACCGGCCGCUCCUCACGCGCCUUGUUCUGAUCGACCUCGAGAUGGACACCGGCAGCAUCGACGUUGCGUUGAACACUAGCGACAACAACUGCGUCGCACACCUCCAGCUGCGGUCGCUGACGCUCGGCGGGCGGCUCCUGGACAUGGCAGGUGCCUUUGCCAGUGUCGACGCGCGCGCUCCCGGUAAGCGCCUCGGGGUGUCGUUGCACAUUGCGGGGCACGGGAUUGCGCUCCAUGCAAACCGCCCGGCAGCGGCUGCCAUCGUCGCCUCGUACGUCAGCAAUACACUGGCAUACGCGUUGGACUCGGCCGUCUUGGAAGCGAAAGACGUCCAUCGUGGCAACCCGCGGCUCAAGUAUUUCGGCGAAGUUGACGUGUCGGCCACCGACGUCGCGCUGCACUACACGCUACGCGACGACAUCACUUUGGCGCUCCGCGUGGCGCAGCUCCAAGCAGUCUGCGACAAGACGUACCGACUUGACGGGCACCUCACGCAGCUGAGUAUCGGUCUCGUGACCGAUGUCUUGCUACUGGCGCGCGUUAGCGUCGUCGCGCACUGCGUCCUCAACGACCACGAUCCGCUCUGCGAUAUCUGGGCCAUCUCGGUGGCGGCGAGUAUGCGCGCGCUGCACGAUACCGACUGCAAUGGCCUCUUGCUCGAGUGGUCUUCGGUGCUUGCCGCGCUGCGCACGCUUGCAGCGAAUCGCGAGUCCACGCCUCUCGCUCCCCCGCCAGCGGCGCCGCGUUUCCAUCGCGUCGCUAGUCUGGCUCUUCAGGUCACGAUAGCCCCGCUGCAGAUCGCGUGGUGGGAAGACGCCGUCGCGAAUGACGCGUUUUUCAGCCAAGCCGAGACGCUCGACGUGACGCUCGGCCUUGUCCAAGCCGCAAAUGGCAUCUGGACGCUGCCGACGUGUCGGGUCGCCGCCUCUAGUACGCGCGCCUAUGCGCUCGUGACGCGGGAUGCGAAUGCUGGGCCGAUUCCGUUUCUUCGGGGACCAACGACGUCGUUUUUUCUUGAAGCCACUGUGCUCGAGUACGCCAAGAGCGCGCUGCCGUACAUUCCGAUCCACCUCGACGAGUGCAAGCUUCUCUGGACCGUCGCGCUGCGCGACCAUGUCUGCCGCGUCAUCGACCUCGUUCACAGCGACAUGCUCGGGCUUGAGACUGAGAAAAGCCCGUCAGCCCCGAUGACACCUGCUGUCGUACUGCCUGAGCCCGUGACGCCGCUCUCGUUGUUGGAGCUCCUCGAGCAAGGCAAGCUCGGAUCGCGUGUCUCGGAUGCUGCGCCGGCCGCGACCAAUGCCCACGAGACGCGCGACCUGGUCAAAUUGUAUCAACUUGAUAUUGAGCGCGUGCAAAUCAACUUGCUCGAGCCAGACACGAAGAGCAGCCUCGUGCUCGCGUCCCGGCUCAUCCACCUCGAGUGGGGGUACGACGCGGCGGGCGUCCGCUCAAUGGCCGAUGUCCAGCUCAAGGACAUGCGGUGCCUCGUCGCACCGUUGGACGUGGACAUUGGCGCCGGCAUUCUCUGGUACAAGGAGGCCGCGUCGUCCUUGCUGCGGCCGAUCUUGACCGAGUGCUGCCUCCAUGUGCAGUACGCGAUGACGCUGCACAACCAAGCGACGCGCAUUCGCGUGCACUUGCCGUCGAUCGAGCUCACGGUCGACUCGCAUCAGUUUUUCCAGUGCUUUAGCGUCGUCAAGCACGUGCUCUUGGCGCCGCCGCUGACCAACAAGACCGCGGCCGACGCGUCACCGCGACCCGCGCACAAAGGCGGCAAGCGCCUCCAGCAAGCGAUCGCCGACGAGCUCCGACGUCGGGACCUCCGCUCGCCCAGUCCGAGCACGGCGCUCAAAAGCGUCACGUUUGAGAUUGGGCUUGCGCAGUGCCGGCUUCGGACGAGCCCGGAGAACGGCAACAUUGAGUUUGUCGGGCUCGAGCUCCGCCAAGCGCGCGGCAGCCACGUGUUUCACGACUCGCUCUCGACAAAGUUCAACCUGAGUCUUCAAUGGCUCGAGAUCCAAAACCUCCGGCCCGGCGCGUCGUCCAUGGCCUUUGACGACCCGAUGGCCGUCCUCACACCGCGCCUCGCGACAGCCCAAGACGGACAGCCGCUCUUGUCGCUGCGGGCCGAGAGUUUCCCGCUCGUCGCCAACGAGCUACCCCCGCUCCGCGUCUUUGAGGUGCUCGAAGUGAGCUUCUUUCCCGGUGUCGACUACGACUUUGCGAUUCAACUCGCAGUCGACUUUUACGAGCUCAUGUUCACCUUCUUCUUUGGCGCGAACCGCACCGAGUCGUUUGGAAAGAAGAGUAGUGGUCUUCGCCCCCCGGUGACGACGACCGCGUCAUCGCUGCAUCAGCCCGAGAUCGACGACGACGGCGAUGGCGACGAUCUCGACGUCGAGAACGAAGACGUUGUCUUCUUCAACUAUGUGCGCGUCGGCAACAUUUGCCUGCACGUUGCGUGCUCGGGCUUUGUGGUCAACCUCUCGGGGUUAGGGUUGGACCUCCCCCCGUUCGUAUGCCGGUCCAAGCUCUGUACGUGGAAGCGCUUAUUGCGCAAGUUUGAAGUGCACUUGGCGUGGUGUGUCUCGAAAGAGAGCGCGUCGUCGGGUCUCCACCACGUCAAGAAGAAGCUGUUUGCGCGCACCAAGAAGCACGACAAGCAAGCUCUGGACGACGCCCGUAGGAGAAUGUUCUUGGGACCGUACCAUCCCGAACCAAGCUCGACCACCACCGAGCCGUCGACGUCGUAACGUCAUAACAAAAUCCAAAGUGGAAGCACAA